AUGGGGCGGAUUUUCAGAGAAGAAGAAUCCCCUGAGACACGGUCUUGCCUGGUGCAGAACUCCAUCCGGCACAACCUCUCCCUGCACACCCGCUUCAUCCGCGUGCAGAACGAGGGCACGGGCAAGAGCUCCUGGUGGAUGCUGAACCCCGAGGGCGGCAAGACGGGGAAGACGCCGCGCCGGCGGGCGGUGUCCAUGGACAACAACAGCAAGUUCCUGCGCAUCAAGGGGAAGGCCAGCAAGAAGAAGCAGCUGCAGGUGACGCAGGAGCACGGGGGGGACAGCCCCUCCUCCCAGCAGGCCAAGUGGUCCGAGAGCCCCGCGUCCCACGCCAGCGACGAGUACGACGCCUGGGCCGACUUCAGGACACGGGCCAACUCCACGGCCAGCACCCUGAGCGGGCGCCUCUCGCCCAUCAUGUCCAACCACGAGCCCGACGAGCUGGAGGAGGACGACGGGACGCCCUCCUCCCCGCUGAUGUACCCCAGUCCCUCCAGCACCAUGUCUCCUUCCCUCAACGCCCGCUGCUCCGUGGAGCUGCCCCGGCUGACCGACCUGACGGGCACCAUCAGCCUGAACGUGAGCCUUGGGGAGAGCAUGCUGGAGGACCUGCAGGACAGCUACCCCAUGAACCCCUCGCAGCAGCUCCCUCCGGCUGCCCUGCGGCAGAGGAGCUCCAGCUUCACCUUCAACUCCAAGUGCUCCACCAUGGGGGCUGCCACCAACACCUACUGUGGGACCAUCUACAGCCAGCCGGCCAUGAGCCUCAUGCGCCGCUUGCCCAUGCAGACCAUCCAGGAGAACAAGCAGGCCACCUUCUCUCCCGUCAGCUCCUACAGGAACGCCUCGCUGCAGGACCUGCUCUCCUCCAUCUCCUACGCGCACAAGGAGAGCAUGGAGAGCAUGGUCCCGGGGGACCUGCCCCUGCCCCAGGCCAGCCCCAUGGUGCCGGCCCGUGGCCACAGACACAACCCGCUGCUGUGCGGGAGCGGGGAGCAGGGUUUGUCCUCCUACCCGUCCCACUCGGGCUCUCUGAUGAAGAGCAACACGUUGUACCACCCGUCACCAGCCGGCCACCACCCUGGGGUCAACACCAGUGCCUUAGCUAAUCCUGUCAGCCUUAUGAGCUUGCCCAGUGACACGUGCAGCAUGGCAGCCGUGCCGCACCACGGGCACCUGCAUUCCUACGCUAAUAACCAAGGGGCACACAUGAGCUUGCUGGAUUCGCUGCAGGGCCCCUACCCGGGGGCCGUCCACCCCCCUGUGUUGGGCCAAGACAGGUUCCCAGCAGACCUGGACCUGGACAUGUUCAACGGGAGCCUGGAGUGCGACGUGGAGUCCAUCAUCCUGAAUGACUUUAUGGACAGUGACGAGAUGGACUUCAACUUCGACUCGGCCCUCCCGCCGCAGAACGGGCUCAACGUGCCCACCCUGCCUGGGGGGCCGCAGCCCACGAACCAGAGCUGGGUGCCCGGGUGA